CGUUGUCAGGUGGAAGAGGAAACCGAGACAGGCCGAGGGAGAGAUUUACGAUCUUUUCUGUCCUACCAGCCAUGGAUAGGAAGCAGAAGCAAGCAGAGAAGGCCAGGCCCUAUGGCCUGCUGAAGCCGACAGCUUUAGGCAAGAUCCCAGGCAGAUUCCAACUUCAUCAGGAAGCGUUGCCCCAUCUCCCCGUGCCGCCACUCCAGCAAACGCUGGACCGCUACCUGCUGGCUCUGCAGCCCAUCAUCAGCGAGGAGGAGCUGAACCACACGCAGGAGCUGGUGGCUGAGUUCCGCAAGCCGGGAGGCGUCGGGGAGAGGCUGCAGAAAGGCCUGGAGAGAAGAGCCAAGAAAACAGAGAACUGGCUCUCAGACUGGUGGCUGAAGACAGCUUACCUGGAGUAUCGCCUGCCAGUUGUGGUCCACUCCAGCCCAGGUGUGGUUUUACCUAAGCAGGAUUUUCUGGAUCGACAAGGGCAGCUCAGAUUUGCUGCCAAACUGAUCGAGGGCAUCCUGGAUUUCAAGACCAUGAUUGACAAUGAGACCCUUCCAGUGGAGUACUUGGGUGGGAAGCCCCUCUGCAUGAACCAGUACUACCAGAUCCUCUCAUCCUGCCGCAUUCCUGGGCCCAAGCGGGACUCUGUUGUCAACUAUGCCAAAGGCAAAAAGCAGUCCAGACACAUCACAGUGGUUCACAACUUCCAGUUCUUUGAGCUGGAUGUUUACAACAGUGAUGGAAGUCCCCUUACCACUGACCAGCUCUUCAUUCAGCUGGAGAAGAUAUGGAACACCUCCCUCCAAACAAACAAAGAGCCUAUCGGGAUCCUCACCACCAACCACCGAAACAGCUGGGCAAAAGCCUACAACAACCUUCUGAAAGAUAAGACCAACAAGGAAUCUGUGCGUACGAUUGAGAAGAGCAUUUGCACUGUCUGCCUUGAUGCGCCUAUGCCACGGGUGUCUGAGGACAUCUACAAGAGCCGUGUGGCCGCUCAGAUGCUGCACGGCGGAGGCAGUCGCUGGAACAGUGGGAACCGAUGGUUCGACAAAACCCUUCAAUUCAUCAUUGCUGAAGAUGGCUCCUGUGGUCUUGUAUACGAGCAUGCUCCCUCAGAGGGCCCACCCAUUGUCGCUCUUCUGGAUCACAUCGUGGAGUACACGAAGAAACCUGAGCUGGUAAGAUCACCCAUGAUUCCUUUGCCUAUGCCCAAAAAGCUGCGGUUUAAUAUCACCCCAGAAAUAAAGAAUGACAUAGAGAAGGCAAAGCAGAACCUCAACAUAAUGGUCGAAGACCUGGAUGUCAAAGUCAUGGUCUUUCAUCAGUUUGGGAAAACCUUUCCCAAGUCAGAGAAGAUAAGUCCUGAUGCUUUUAUCCAGCUGGCCUUGCAGCUAGCAUAUUACAGGAUGUACGGCCACGCCUGUGCCACAUAUGAGAGUGCAUCGCUAAGGAUGUUCCGCCUGGGCCGCACAGACACCAUCCGCUCCACUUCUGUAGACUCUCUUAAGUUUGUGCAAUCAAUGGACAGCCCUGACAAAUCGGACCAGGAGAAAGCAGACUUGCUGAGGAGAGCUACCCAGGCCCACAGGGAAUACACUGAUAUGGCAAUAAGGGGCAAUGCAAUAGACCGCCACCUCUUAGGCUUGAAGCUUCAAGCUAUUGAGAUAGUGAGCAUGCCUGAACUGUUCAUGGACACAGCGUAUGCUGUUGCAAUGCACUUCAAUCUCUCAACCAGCCAGGUCCCAGCAAAGACCGACUGUGUGAUGUGUUUUGGUCCCGUGGUUCCAGAUGGCUAUGGAAUCUGUUACAACCCUAUGGAUGAACAUAUCAACUUUGCAAUUUCAGCAUUCAACAGCUGUGCUGACACAAAUGCAGCCCGCAUGGCACAUUAUCUUGAGAAAGCACUGCUAGACAUGAGGAUCUUGCUCCAGUCCACUCCCAAAUCCAAACUGUAAGAGGCAAACAUGAUGCAAAACCCCCAGCUAAAGGGGCUAUUCCUCAUGCACUGAAGUUCCCAGUUCCUCAGAAAAUGAUUGAGGGGACAGCUUGCCCUGGAACCUAGGAGGGCAUCUACCAUUUGUUUUCAGCAAGAGGUUACAGAAUAGUCAUCCGCAGAUAUUAGACUCUGUGGUGAGACGAAACACUGUCUUAGGCUGAAGUAGACCUGACUGGUCCUCUCCCAUCAAUGCAAAGUGCACGUUCCUGUCCUCAAAGAGGACUGAAAUAUGAUUUUUAUGGAACUUACUAUAAAGGAAUACAAAAAGCACAGUCCUUACCAGUAUCUAAAUCCAUUUGGUGAGGAAGGUAGUUCUUCUCCAGGAAAAGCAGGGAAUGUUUAUUAUAUGAUGGAACUACUGCAAGACCAAGGCUUUUUGCUGGUUUAGUCUUCUGAAGAGCGCAGCAUCUUUCAAACUUGACUGAAGAUUUUUCUGCUGCUCCAGCAAAACUUCACCAUUGAACUUUGGCAAGGGGAGAAAGAAGUUCUUAAGUCAGAGCAGAUCCAGUCUUGUUAGAGUGCACUGCACUACUUAUCCCAGGCACUCCGACCAUUACAUGCUUUACAGGCCAGGGAAUGUUCCCUUCCCCUCGUUUUAGGAUGCUGGGAUCUCCUUUCUGUUGCACUAAGCCUAUUAACAACAGAGUAUCAUUCGCUACAAACUAAGGUGGGUUUUUUGUUGUUGUUCUGGGCUUUUUGUUAAGCUUGCUGUUGUGGUCCUAGCCAUUGAUCUUCAGGCUCAGCAUAAAGCUUUUUCCCCACAAAGCUUCUACAAAACUUCUCUCUUACACAGGUUUUGCUAGCUUUGGCUUUAUGUACCUUAACAUUUGUGGAGAUGAGAAGGCAUUGCCUAUGCAUUUAGCAAGACAUUUGCUUCAUUGUACCUUUCUUUGGAAUUGAGGAAAAGAAAAAGAUGCUGACAUUCUGGUUACUAGCCAGAAGGCCACAUGCCUAGUCUCCUUCAGGGCACACAUGUGAACCCAAUGCGGUUCUAUACCUUGCUUUCAGAAACAACAUAUUUGUGCAUAAUGUGUUAUGCCUAAGUUGUGGACAAAUAAGAAUGUUUCUGAUCAGGAACUCCAGAACACACUUCUGUUUCUGGCCCACAGAGUUCAAAUCUGUUUGAGCCAAAGGAAGAACAACUGCAGAAUCACCCUUCUUUCACAUCACUGUGCUUUAACAAGGCAGAAAAUUUUGAAAAGCAGGAAGAAAGCUGAGAACACGUGGGCACUGUAGAUGUUUGUGCACUGUGGCAGCCAUUGUUCCUGCAGUAACAGUACAGCACCUUUUCGGCCACUCUGAGUUUUUCCUUACUGCAAUGUUACUCAGAUUUGUACCAGCUCUAUUCUGUGAGAGAAUGAUCUCAUGAUAGUGUUUUCAUGUUCAGUUGACAAACUUGAAACAGUCAAAGAUUACAUAUAAACAUUAACAUACGAUUGUAGCAUAGGAAUUUUGUAAGCACUACUUCCAAUUAAUCUGCCAGAAUCCAAGCUCCUGACUAUACUUUUAUUUAGUAAAACUGUAUGGUAAUGAAGAAUUCUAGUGCUAUUUCUGCAACAGGAAUUUAAUAUUUAAAUUGCACACCCUUCAAGAUGUGGUUGCUGGGACAUCACCAUAAACAAGAAGCAUUACGAGUCUGAUGGCCUGAUUUGUUAACAGGGAAAUAUUUGAUCAUAAUUGCUACUUUUCUGAUCAUAGAACAGCAAGGGACACGAUCAGAGUGCCUUGGUGAACAUAUAUGAAAUUUGCACUAAACCUGUUUAAAGAAAAAAUCAUUCUAAUCUGCUUCUUGAAAGACACAAGCCAACACUACUGCAUUUUUUCCUAAAAGGAUGUUAUUUCAAAGCUUCUAUCUUAUACCUAAAUAAACCUUAAAAAGGAAAAUUUAACUGAAACUCACCUGCACAGCCAGUGAUUGUAUGAACUGCCACUUUCACAUCAUCUACAUGAAUUUAGUUGAUCUUUUAGAAAAAGCCUGAAUGGAGUGAGAUAGUCUAAAAAAACCAAUAGGAGCACUACAAACCUGCAAGCACGCAUCCCUGCUCUGUUGACUCCUCUGUAUGAAUUAGACUGAAAACUGCAAGAGGAUACUCAGUAUUAUCAAAGUGUAACUGAUUGUGUAAAUAUUACAUAAAAGACCAAACCUUGCUGGAAUAACAUCUGGGUUUAUGGAGCCUUUCACAUUGAAAAAAUACUCCUUUUGCCAAAGCAAUCCUCCCCCCGUACUGAAUCAACCUCUGUUGCUAGGGGAUGAGUUAUUUUUCCCUGUCUGCAAUGCCUUCAACCACUGAUGCUACAGUAUUGCCACUUAAGUAUUUGAGACGGGCCCUUUUCUACUUCUGUCUCAAAGGGGAAGGCUCUCAAAGGAAAGUGCCUAUUAAAGAUUAAGCAGAAGUACGCACUGCUGUGACUGUAUCUCAGAAGAUGGGAUUGAUCUAUUCUGGAUCUAAAUCUGGAUAUCCCACUAGCUUCAGCAGAAUACAGCUGCAAGAAGCAGAGUAUCACACUGAAAGAGAUACAAGAUUCAUAAACCACUUAAUGCAUCCUUAAUGAUAUACAGAGCUGAAAUUCAGAUGAAUUAAGCUGAUUUUUUAAGUGCUUGAAAGGACACUAAAAUCAUUACAAGGUUUUUCCUUUAAAAACUCUUUUCUUAUUGUACAAGUUCUAAAAUGUGAUGUCCUUUGAUUCAUACCGUCUUGAUUUUUUUGGUGUCGACUUACUGAAUACUGUUCUCCUCCCUGUUUCUGAUUGUUUGAUUGUUUUACCAAGAGAUGUCUAUUGUCUUAAAGGCACAUUGAGUACAAGAAAUUUAAGUUCCAGAAAAACUACCAAUUUGGAACAAAUAAUUUAAGAAAUGCAUAGACUGAAAAUAUUCAGAUAACUCUUGGGGUAUGAGUGCAAUUUAUGACACAGCCUGGUAGUGUUGCAUGCUUUGCUGUUUGGCUGUGUUAAAUACUGUUUCGGUAGUGUAAUCCAUGUCAUGCAAAGUUUUGAAAUGUUCUUUGAAUAAACUGAAACACAAUAAACAAAGUUCUACAA